UUUUAACUCUCCUGUCUCAAACUUGAAGAUUGGCGGUGCCAGCUUUCAUGCAGUUUCUUCCUCUCCUUUCUUUUUACCGGCGACUGAGUAAAGAAAAGAAAAAUGCCUUUUAAUUUUUAUCUUGCACACAACUGGGGCGACUAUCCCGAGAGCUUCUGUCAAAUACAUGCUUUAAAGAAACUGUGUAAUGGUCGUUAGUGAAACUUCUGAAACAACUGCAGUAACACCACUGGACACACACAUGGACUCGCUGGAACAUCCCAUGCUACAAUCUCAUGGCAAAGGAGCAAGAAGAAAAGGUCGAUUUAAAGGUUCAGAUGGCAGCACCUCUUCUGACACCACAACCAACAGCCUUGUUCGACAGGGUUCGGCCGACUCCUACACCAGCCGUCCAUCAGACUCCGAUGUGUCCCUGGAGGAGGAUAAGGAGGCAGUGCGCAGAGAGGCAGAGCGACAGGCUCAGGCACAGCUCGACAAGGCCAAGACCAAACCAGUUGCAUUUGCUGUUCGCACAAAUGUCAACUACAGCCCGAAUCACGAUGAUGACGUUCCCGUACCAGGCAUGGCCAUCUCCUUUGAGGCUAAAGACUUCCUCCAUGUCAAAGAGAAAUUCAACAACGACUGGUGGAUAGGACGCCUGGUAAAGGAAGGCUGUGAAAUCGGUUUCAUUCCCAGUCCAGUGAAGAUAGAAAACACUCGCAUCCUCCAGGAGCAGAGAGCCAAACAGGGAAAAUUCCACUCCAGUAAAUUGGGAGCAAACUCUUCUUCUAGUUUAGGUGAAGUGGUUCCUAACUCUCGGAAAUCUACUCCUCCUUCUUCUGCCAUUGACAUAGAUGCCACAGACUUAGACCCUGAGGACAAUGAGCUUCCAGUCAACCUGCGCUCCCCUAAAGCCAGUCCAAACACUGUCAUGUCACCCCUAGCAAAAGAAAAACGAAUGCCUUUCUUUAAGAAGACGGAACACAUUCCUCCGUACGACGUUGUGCCUUCUAUGCGGCCUGUGGUUCUGGUUGGACCAUCACUGAAGGGCUACGAGGUUACAGACAUGAUGCAAAAAGCACUGUUUGACUUUUUGAAACACAGAUUCGAGGGACGAAUAUCAAUCACUCGCGUCACGGCGGACAUUUCUCUUGCCAAGCGCUCUGUCCUGAACAAUCCCAGCAAGCACGCCAUCAUCGAACGCUCCAACACACGCUCCAACCUGGCUGAAGUCCAGAGUGAGAUAGAGCGCAUUUUCGAACUGGCCCGGACGUUACAGCUGGUUGUUCUGGACGCUGACACCAUCAACCACCCGUCACAGCUGGGGAAGACAUCACUCGCCCCUAUCAUUGUCUACGUAAAGAUUACCUCUCCAAAGGUGCUGCAGAGGCUCAUCAAGUCCCGAGGCAAGUCUCAGGCCAAACACCUCAACGUCCAGAUGGUGGCUGCAGACAAACUGGCUCAGUGCCCUCCUGAGAUGUUUGACAUCAUCCUUGAUGAGAACCAGCUGGAGGAUGCAUGUGAGCAUAUGGCUGACUACCUGGAGGCCUACUGGAAAAGCACUCACCCCACCAGCAGCAGCCCCCCCGACCCAGUGCUAACAAACCUGCCCACAGCCGCCCUGCCUUCCAGUCAAGCCCCGGUCUCAGGCGGGCAGGGUGGCAGUGCAGAGCAGAGAGGAGACAGAGCAAUAGAGGAGAGGAAGAACUCCAGAGAGGAUCACCAGCACCACCACCACCAUCACCACCACCACCACCAGAGCCAGGACCAGGCUGAUGCAGACAUUGAGGCAGAGGGGGAGGGAAAUGAGGAGGAGAGGCCUCUGAGGACUGAAACCUCCAGGAGAGCCCAGCACAUCCACCACCGUUCAUCUUCCACCAGGACUGAACACCACAACCACCAUCACCACCACCACCAUCAUAGCAGUCGAGCCCGGGGUCUCUCCCGGCAGGAGACUUUGGACUCUGAGACCCCCGAGAGCAGAGAGAGCCGGGAGAGCAAGGACUCGGCUUAUAACGAGCCACGCACUCAGCUCCUGCACCAGGAAGAAGAGGAGGAGGAAGAAGAGGAGGACGAGGAUCUAGGGGAGGGGCAUCCCCAGCAGCAACAGCGUUAUGAGCCACUGCCCCACCGGGACCACAACCACCAUCACCACCACCACCAUCACCGUGGUGGAGCGGAUGAGGCCGGCCACAGCACGGGGCACCACCGCUCGAAGGAGCGCGAGCAGGACCGUAAUGAACGGAACAAGCAGCGCAUCCACCACCACCGGCCUGCACGUGACCACCACCACCACUAUUAUGACCGGGACAGAGACAGGGACCGAGAGGGAGAGGUGGCUCCCAAAAAAAGGGGUGACACAGGAGAGUGGGCCAGAGACUCGUACAUACACCAGUGACGGACCAAAUCCCUCCUGAAGUUCAUUUGGACUCCCCUCUUAAAGACCAUUUUGUUCUCCCAUUGUGCUGCUACACCCUGAAACCACAGCAUCCUAUUUAUGUACACGUCCUUUGUAAAUGCUGUUGCAUCUUUUUCAAUGGCAAGAUUUUGAUUACAUAGAUACAAAUAUAAAUAUAUAAAUAUAUGUAUGUGUGUAUCUAUGCAUAGACGUUGUUUAUGUGUGGAUAUGCAUGAAUAUUCUUAAAUAUGCAUAUUUUAAACCUGUGUUUGAUAAAGCAUGACAAAGAAGCAGAAUUUUUUUCUGUUCUGAGCUGUGCUUUCUGUGAUUAGCAUUUUUAAUUUUUGGCUUGCAACCACUUGAAUUAUUAGUUUCUUCAGACUACUAUUAGGGUUGACUGCAAUGGUUGACUAACAAAGUUGAUUUGAUGCUAUUUAUGCAGGUUUAUAAUCUAAAAGUACACUUUGGCAAUUUGGGAAAUGCGCAUAUUCUCGCAAAGUGUGAUAUGAAGUUGCCAGUUCACAAGUUCACAUAAUUUAUCCUGCACCAUAUUCAUUUCAAAUAGCAAAGGUCAUGAACAAAAAGAAUUAUAGUUUAUCUCUUUAUCAAGUUAUCAGCUCCCAAAUCCACCGUUGACAGGAAAAGUUCUUGGGGAUCUCUUUUAUGGUCAAACAACAUAUUUGAAGACUCGUUAGGUACUUCAAGUAACAACUCAACACAAAUAUUCUAACCAGGUCAUAGCUAACAUUACUGCCAGAUAAUUAAAGCUAUUUUAGCAUACUUUAUUUUCUGGGCUUUGAGCUAAUCAACACUAAUAAACAGGCUAUAGAGUUGGUAAGCUACCUCUACAUUUAGCUAAUUUACAUUAAGGUGAGCAAGCUAAUGUCAAAGUUUGAGUUGAGUAAGGUAGUCUGCAUUGGCUACCAAGCUAGUAUUACAGUUCAGUUGCUCAAACUACAGUUGGUUUACAUUAUAUCUAAGCUAAUUUUACAGUUAGCUAGUUCACAGAAGACUAAGAAAAUUUGCAUUGCAGUUAGCAAGCUUAUUAUUUUUGCUGGCUUUAUUAAGCUUGUUCACAUUAUGUCUUUGAAGUUAAUAUUACACUUGUUUUAUUAUAUUAUAAUUAAACUAAUAUUACAGUUUACUUCAGACCACAGUUUACUAUUUUACAUCACACUUCAUAGGCUGUUGUUACAGUUAGCAAGCUUAUAUCUGUUUGCUGGCUUGCACGAUCGUGAGCUAGUUACAGUUACCAAGCUAAAAUUGCACUUAGCUGACUCACACUACAGUUAGCUAGUUAACUUUACAGCUGCCAAGUUAAUGUUAUAUUAAGUUUACUCAAACUAUAGUUAGCUAGUUUACAUUACUGUUGACAAGCUAAUAUUACACUCACACGACAUGUAGGUAGUUUAUGUUACAAAAGCUAAGACCUUUUUGCUGGCUUCCACUACAGCUAGCUAGUCAGCGUUACAGCGACCAAGCUAAUAUUUCAUUUUACAGCUACCAAGUUAAUAUUUUAUUUAUUUGGCUCACACUGUUGUUAGCUAGUUUACAUUAAGUUAAUAUUACAUUUAGCUAACUAAUAUCUUUUUGCUGACUUGUACUACAUUUAUCUGGGUAACAAUACAGUAACUAAGCUAAUAUUACAGUUAACUUGCACAAACUACAGUAAGCUUGUUUCAAAAAAAGCUUCCAAGCUACAUUUAGUUGGCCCGCACUGUAGUUAGCUAGUUUAGUGUUAAAUGUUUAGCAAGCACAUAUUCCAGUUAACUACCUCACACCACAGUUAGCAUGUUAACAGUACAGCAAGCUACUGCUACUGUUAGCUGGCUUACAUUACAGUUAAACAUUACAGUUACUAAGCUAUUGGAGUUAGCUUGUUUAUUUAUAUAUUUAAUGAGCCUUUUACAGUCAUCAGUUUACCUAGCAGUAAUGUUAGCUAUGAUGUGGAAGAGUAACAACCCAGUACUAUCUUAAUAACUAAGAUUAUCAUGCAUUUUUUUCCUACAAGAAUCCCUGGUGAACCUUAUAAACUGGCAACUGAGUUAAGGGAAAUAGAUUAUUCCACUCAUGUUUUCAUGGCUAAUAUAAAGCUACAGCUAGCAGCAGGUUAGCUCAGUUGAGACAGGAACCAACUAGUAAGACUUGAGGUCAAGCAAAUCUAUAUAGCAGCAGUUCUGAUGCUCACUCAACCCUACAGAGAAAUGAUUUGUAUCUUAGGUCAGUCCUUACAAACAUUUGAAAUGAUUUGUUUCAGAAAGGAUUACAUUACAUUAACUGUUUUAAUUGGCUGUGCAUGCUUAAUAUUUUGCAGGAAAACUAAUCAAGUCUUAGCAGUUUAGCCAAGGCAAAGACAGUAAGCAUGUUCUUCAAAGUUUCAGACUACAUUUAUUUAGAUUGUAAAUUAGUUCAGGUUACAACCAUUGUUUGUGGUUUCAGAAUAUUUGGACCUCCUUUGUGGUGCACCUUAGUCUUACUUUACAGGACAAUUCAAAAUAUUUGCUCUCCUACAUGCAGAACUGUUGUCUUUUUGAUGGCCAAGAAACAUUUUAUAAAACUAAAACACCCGUUAUACUGCACUUUUACUGAUUCACACAAGUUUCAAAUGAAAUAUUUGAUAAGACUUUGAAACUAACUGUAGCUCUUUCAAACAAAACUCCAGGUUUGUCUUUUAUGAAAUUUCUCAUGAUUGUUGUAAAGUCACACUUUUCUCCCA